AUGGGGCGCUUGCGCAGUAGAAUCCAGAACGGGGGAAGCGGACGCCUGCGCAGAGCGGGAGUGGUCUCACGCUCCCCGCCCCGUCUCGGAAAGCCGCGCCAGCGCAGUUCCGAAAGAUCCCGCAGAGACAGCGCCUGCGCGGCCGUGGCCGAGGGAGCCGUGGCGGUAGCGGUGAUGGAACCAGCCGAGCCGCUGAACGACUUAGUGUCAGCCGAGGGCCGAAACCGGAAGGCGGUGCUGUGCCAACGCUGUGGCUCCCGGGUGCUGCAGCCAGGAACCGCUCUCUUCUCCCGCCGACAGCUUUUCCUUCCCUCCAUGAGAAAGAAGCCCGCUCUGGCUGACGGCAGCAAUCCUGAUGGCGAUCUCCUCCAGGAGCACUGGCUGGUUGAUGACAUGUUCAUCUUUGAGAACGUGGGCUUCACCAAGGACGUGGGCAACAUCAAGUUCCUGGUGUGCGCAGACUGUGAAAUCGGACCAAUUGGCUGGCAUUGCCUGGAUGACAAGAACAGUUUCUAUGUGGCCUUGGAACGGGUUUCCCAUGAGUAACUGAGGGGAGGGGAACGCAGCUCCAGCCGCGACUAUAAAAGCUACUCCCCUCGAGAACUGGCAUGUAAGCUGGUGUCCUUGCUCUGGCGCCGCCUUCUCUGUACUGAUGUAAAUGAUGAGUAUCGACAUGUCCGGCUGAACAUGCAUAGAGCUGACCCCCCUUCCUUAAAGCCUCAAGUGCAUGCCUCUUAUGUAGCUCACUUUUGCAGCCCAACAUCUCCUGAUCUCCCUUUUCCCCCAGUUGCAGGACACUGGAACACGUCCACAAAUCUCUCAUCCCUGGCAUCCCGCCUGGGCUCCCUGACCCUGGGCUCCCUUGUUUCUUGCUCUGUAAGAGCAACAUCCAGCCUUUCAGCCAAGAUGACACAUAACAGCUGAUGCUCGUGCUAAUAGUUCAAAUGCCACCUUUUUAUCUCAUUCAAGAAAGCAUACAAGUGUCUGAGAGUGACUUUGUCAUAUGACUAACUUUAUCUACAGUAAUUUAUUCUUUUUAAAAGCAUAGCAUUUACAGACUUUGGAAUUUAAGCUACUACUAAGAAACACAUUACUUUGGAUACACCUGUAAUACCAUGUUUGAGAGCCGAGCCUCUAGGUGGAUAGUGACUUUAUAUUGUGAAGAUGAAUAUAUCCCCUUUUCCCUUCAAAUCUUGCCAUGGUUUCUCUUUACAUUAUAGCCUGUAAGUUGAGAAUCAGAUUUCAACCCUAUCUGGCAGCCAACCCAAGGAAAACUCAGCCCUGGCUUCGAAACAGAGUGGAGGAUGCAGAAUAUAGGAGGGAGAGACCCUUGCCACAUUGUAUGUGACUUUGCAGGUUUGUCUUAUCUGUGCAGGUAACUCUUUCCUUUGUUCUUAGGAAAGACUUCUCUGAUGGAUAGAGUCAUCACUUACUGAACCUACCAGGCGUGCUCAUCGGAAUUUGGGUUCACUUGGAAUCCUUGUACCAACCCAGAACACAGACUUUCUGUCCAAAUGCCACUAUCUCUAAGCUGUGGGGACUGCUCUAACAGUUCGAGGUUAGCAGACUGAUUAACCCUUCAGUAUGAUUGUCACUUGUUCUGUCAUUUCUCUUCUGAAAUAACUCAACAUCUUAGGAAUUUCUGUGACCAGGUCUCAGGUGUCCUUGCAUAAGCCCUACAUCUAAGACUGAGGAGACCCUAGAAUUGAAAUAAGGACUAAACAGAAACCUUACAAUCUACAGCCCCUCCUUCUGUAUCUGUUCUCUGCUUGCUUCUGCCUUCUUUCUCCCAAGAACUUUUCUAAGGGCUCCCCAACUAAAAAGUGUGGGCCUUGGGCAUGGUUUUGCAACCAACAUACUCUAGAAAGGUGGCUUCCUUCCACAGUCAUAGCCUCAGUGAGCUCUAGUUGAAAAUGAGAGAACUGUUCUCUAGACAGUCAAAUGUCCGUGAUUAUGGCAUUUGCAGAAAAACAACUGUGAGAAUUAUCCACUCAGGUCAGAAGGAACAAAACCAAGUAGAUGCCUCUAGGGGCACAUGGCCCCUUCAAUCACAAGCCAAAACCUAAGCA